AUGACAGAUAUGACAUUGCCUCACCCAGCUCCAGCACCAUAUUAUUAUGACUAUGGAGAUGACGAGAGAACACCACAUGUAGAUGAACAAAAGCUAACAUUAUAUUUAGAUUAUUAUAGAUAUAAAAGAUAUAAUGCAAUAGAAAAAACGAGAAUAGUAUAUUAUUAUACAGAUGACAAAAAUAAAUAUUAUAGUCAAGAUUUUACCUACCCUGAAAACAUAAGAUUAUAUUAUAAAAAAUAUUCUGACACAAACCAGAAGAAACCUGAAAUAGUUGCACUAUAUUUUAAGUUCAAAAUAGACAAUCCUAUAAUAUCUCAUAUGUUUGAUUUAAUGAACCCAGUAGGUUCUAUUUAUACAUCUAUGGAUGCAAGAGGUCCUCAAGUAAUGUUUGGUGUUGGUGCAUGGGAACAAAUAGUCGACAGGUUUUUGUAUUGUGCAAACUCUUCAAAGGAAACAGGUGGAAGUAAAACGAUUUCAGGUGAAAAUUUACCUGCACACAGUCACUACAUAGAUUUAAGUACAUCUCAGGCAGGUUGGCAUAAGCAUAGAUAUUGGGAUUGA